ACGUAGGGAGGCGUGUGUGUGACAUUUGCUGCAAGAAGGUAGCGGUUAGUUUAUGAACAGCUAGCAAGAUUAGGGGAACUAGACAAGACUUUAUGAAAUAUUGUAUUUUUUAACAGCUCCGAACAGGCUUUGGAUUCAGUUUGUAACAGUAUCUUUAUUUAAAAAAACAUUUUAUUUCAGGAGAAGCGUUAUUAAAAACUUAUUGCAGCCGGGCACGUUAUUAGAUGCUAACGCGUUUUUCUAACUUAAAGUAAAUGUACGGAGUCCGGGUUGAGGUCGUGUUUUGCUUUGCUGUUCCGAGAUAAUGAUUCUAAUCAGAUAACGCCGGUUAAUUUAGUUUUUCUGCUGCGAUAUGGGCGGAUGUUAGCACUUAAGCGGUCUUGGCUAACUGGAUUGCACACAAGGUUAAAAUUAGCUUUAGCUGGCUAGCUCCUCGCCUCACUCUGCUCCCGCUGCAGCUUUUUCACUUUUCUUUCUUAUGCUGAGUUAUCGGGACAGGUGUGCUGAAAGUAGGCCAGGUGUGGUGUGGUACAGAUAGGGCGGUCUGUCGGGAACUUAAUCACAGUGUUUUGCAGAGUGUAGCACUUGGUCCUGCAGUCCAUUGCAGGGAUUUCAGGCACUUGAGUGAAGUCAGAGGUGGAAACAUGCUGCUCUCCCUGGUCGUGCACACAUACUCUUUACGGUACUGGUUUCCAGCUACGAUCAUGCUGGGGACAGCUCCAGCUUAUCUACUGUCCUGGGGGACUUGGCGUUUACUGUCAACUGUCCUACCAGCAAGAGUGUAUCACAAGUUGGACGACCAGCUGUACUGUAUCUACCAGAGCAUGGUCCUCUUCUUCUUCGAAAACUACACAGGAGUGGAGAUUAUUAUAUAUGGAGACAUACCAAAGAAAAAAGAGAAUGUGAUCUACCUUUCCAAUCAUCAGUGUACAGCGGACUGGAUCAUUGCUGACAUGCUAGCCAUCAGGCAGAACGCGUUGGGUCAUGUCCGAUACGUCCUCAAAGAUGGACUCAAGUGGCUCCCGCUGUAUGGAUGGUACUUCUCUCAACACGGGGGAAUCUACGUCAAACGAAGCACAAAGUUUAAUGAAAAGGCAAUGAAGAAGAAGCUCCUCAGGCAAACUGAAUCAGGAGCACCAAUGUACCUUGUCGUUUUCCCCGAAGGAACUCGGUAUAAUCCAGAGCUCAAGAAUGUUAUCGCUGACAGUCAGGCUUUCGCUGCAAAAGAAGGUCUGGCUGUUCUGAGGCACACUCUGACACCCAGAAUGAAAGCCUCUCACAUAGCCAUCGAGACCAUGAGGGGCCACCUGGACGCUGUGUACGACAUCACUGUAGCUUACGAGGGGACGCUGAACACCAACACUCACAGAAAACCUGCACCGUCAAUGCCAGAAUUCCUGUGCAAAGAAUGUCCCCGCGUCCACAUACACUUCGAACGUGUGGACAUAAAGGAAAUUCCUCCAGAGCCACUGUUUUUCCGCAGGUGGCUGCACGAGCGGUUCGAGAUCAAGGACCGGCUGCUGACGGAUUUUUACGAGUCACAGGAUGCAGACAAAAUAUGCAAGUUCCCAGGGGAGGGCAGACAUUCCCCGCUGAACUUCUCAAAAACCUUUCCAUCGGUGAUGAUCCUGGGAGGACUGACACUGCCAUUGCUGCUGACGGAGAGCGGCAGGAAACUGUACGUGAGAACCUGGGUGUACGGGACACUUCUGGGCUGGCUGUGGGUGAAUGUUUUUCCUUAACGAACAGGGCAGAGGCUGCCCCAAGGAGACGCACAAAAGACAUGGAGAGACUGUGCCAUUUCCCUGUAUCUCAACACGAGGUGUGUUGCAGAUCCAGAGCUGCAUCUGGUAAGAGGCUCAGAGUUUGUCCCACAUGUCUGGCUCACUGUUGACCUUGAGCCAAAAGCUGAACGGAUAUAGGGAGAAAUGUUAAGCUUUUUGUGCUACUUGUUCCCUCGCAGUAUUUGGAUUUGCAGCCUGAAAUAAUAAGAAAACACGACUGGUUUUAUGGAAAAGUAUUAGAUAUCCCAGAAAUACCCCCUAUCUCUACCAUUAAAAUGAAACAUAGCUAUAUACCUCUCUUAAAAAAUGCCCCUCAUCAAAUUUAGCCAAACUUGUAUUCUUGCAUGCUCACAUUUUCAUCAACCAUCGGCCACUUUAAAGUAUUCUAGAUAUUAUUUAAUUUGAGAUGAAAGAGUGAUGAAUACUCUUUAAACAAAGUAAUAACGACCAUGGUCAACCAUGUGAUUGACUUGCAUUACACCAGCCUACGUAUGUGGGUCAUUAAUUAUUGUUAAUUAAGUGCACUGACUCAUCUGUUGGUUGUAAUUUGUGUUAUUUAUGCCAAGUCCCAUGUCUGGAGGAUUAUGCACUUUGCUCAUGUAAAGCAAUGUUUUUUCUUUAAUAGAACAAAAUAAAUGCCAUGCAGUCCUCUAUUGAAGUUCAUAAGAAUGACACCAGCUACAUCGUCUACCAUUAAUAUUCAUAUUGACUUGACCUUAAUUCAUACCAAUGUGUGCGUAGCUGUAAAAAUACAUAAUUUUUGCUUAUGUAAGUACCUGCCUUCAUAUUUUUUUUUAAUGGAAAACAUCCAAGAAUGAGUGUUCUACUCGUAUUAUUGUCCUUUUAAAACAUACUGUUAUUUUUGAACACGUUACUGAGCUCAUAUAGAGGAGCGCAUGGAAAAAAUGCAAUGUUCUACUAACUUAAAAACAAGCUUUACCUUAAAACCUCAAUCAAUUGCCAAAACCUGAUGUGUUUUCCAUUGUUUCUAAAGUGUGUUAAUUACAGCAUUGCUUAUUCUAAACGCCAGCACUUAUGACGGCAAAGAAACUUCAUGUCUGCUUUUCUGUUUCUAAAGGUGUACUUUUUUGCUUUUAUUUUGUUUCUAAAUGUGUACUUUUUUUGCUUUUAUUUUGUUUCUGAAUGUGUAAUUUUUUUUUAAAAUAGUGGUUUCAUCACCGUUUGAGAUGUUUUAUAUGCAUUUGUUACUUUGAAUACCAUGUUACAGCUCACACUGAAGUAUCUACCUAGCAAAAAGCUGACAAAGCCAUGUUAACAGUUUCUCACAGGUUCCUGUGCACUCAAAGCCAUUUGUAUUAUAUACACCACUGUAUUGUUAAAUGCACUGUAUGUCCAUUGUUGUUUACUAUAACAAAACCAUUGCAUUUUCCACAAGUCACUUUACAUAUGAGUCUCGUCCUAUAGAGUUAGUCUAAGAUACUUUUUCUUCUUGUGAAUGGUAUAAUAAGUGUUUUUACAUGUCACUCCAAUACCUCACUUGAAAAAUCCUUCCUUGUUAUUCAACAACCCUCGUCAGCCAUUUUAUAGUCAUUUUUAUCCUGACAAGAUCUGGCUGUAACACAUCAGGAAACUCUAUGUAGACUGUAUUUAAAUGCCAACUGUUCCUGGAAAUGCGUGCCUUCUCUUUGGAGGAGUUGGUCCUCAUUCCUCACUCGGGGGGGACCACAGUGGUUCUUUUCCCACCAGGUGAUUGACUGCAUGGAGGCUCUGCUGGAGCUGCUGCUCACUGCAGCCUGUGGUCAAAUUGUCUACAGUUCAUAGUGGCUUAUUUUGCUCAAAGAAUGCAUUGAUUUACACUUUUUGAGGAUUAUUAUGAAAUGAUGAAACCUUUUAAUGUAUGUGAGAUUUGGGAAUGGGGAUCAGAGUGAAAUAAAGUGGUUUUCUUUGGGAA